AUGGCCAGACCUCUCGACCCAAGUUUAGGAGAUAUAAGAAGAGUGGACGAAGAAAUCAGGAGGAGAGAUAGAAGGAAUCUGUUCGACAAAUCUGUGGAUUGCUUGAGCAGUAGCACUAGUAGGCAUUUGGCAAUAGGGACGUUCACAGGUUGGUUCACGGGAGUUACCGUAGUAAAAGUUGGCAAAAUAGCCGCUUUCGGUUUAGGGGGAGGCGUCAUACUCCUCCAUUUCGCCACGGAGUUUGGUUACAUCACUGUGAACUGGGAAAGAGUGAGGGAGACCAGCGGUAACUGUCAGCAACUCGUCGAGAAGAUAUUGGCGUUCGCGAAGAAUCACAGCGGCUACACCGUCGGCUUCAUUGGAGGCUUUUUCUUCGGUGUCGCCUCUACGUGA